AUAUAUUAUAUACAUAAUCCUCCUCUGACCCGGGACAGACGUUACAGCACGGAGGAGUUCAGGCAAAGAGAAGGCUGGAGCUGGAAGCCGGUGACCCCCAGGACCUCCAUGAUGGUGGCUGGACCUCCAAAAAGCAGAUGGCCUCUCAGUCCCACACAGGAGGAGCGGCUCCCGCCCCCAAUCCCAUAGCGCGCAAGUCCCUGUUCGAGAAGUCUCGCUGCGACACGUCGCUCGGGCUCUUGACGCAGAGGUUUGCGGCGAUGCUGAGUCGCUCUGCUGAUGGGGUGCUGGACUUGAACCUCGCCGCACAGGAGCUCAACGCCCCCAAGAGACGCGUCUACGACGUCACCAACGUCCUGGAGGGGAUCCAGCUCAUCAAGAAGAAGUCCAAGAACUUCGUCGAGUGGUUGGGCGGUGAAGUGAACGUGCACAUGGAUCAGGAGCUGAAGGCCCUCGUCGUGGAGGAGAGGAGGCUGGACGAGUUGAUCCAAAGCUGCACGAAGCAAGUUCACCAACUGUGCGAGAACCAGAACACUCUGAGGUUUGCCUAUUUGACUUACGAGGAUGUCCAACGGAUUCCCAGCCUGAAAGAACAGACUGUGAUUGUGAUCAAAGCGCCUGCAGAGACAAAACUGGAGGUGCCGCACCCAGAAGAGAGCCUCCAGGUCCACCUCAGCAGCACCCAGGGGCCCAUCGAGGCGUUCCUCUGCUCCGACCACCCCGUGCCGAUGGAAGCCACGGAUAGCUCUGUAGCCAACGGAAGCCACUUAAACUCCUCGGCCAACGGGAACAACGCCGCCCCCCUCAUGCCUUACUCCUCCUUCGUCCAGGUGUCUUCCAAAGACAACGCGAUCCGUACCUCUGGAGUCGAUAUUAUCUCCAGCCCGCCGUCCGAGCCGACACAACACCUCACAUCACCCGUCGCCCCCGUCUCCCCCAUGCACACCUCCCUCCAACCCCCCUCUGGAGAUCAGCAGAGCUUUGUCACCCUCACUCCCCCUCUAGCGCUCUCUGUUGGUGGGGAGGAGUAUCUCGUGAGCCUGACUGAGGACGAGGGCAUCACUGACCUCUUCUCUUCUUUUGACCUGGACCACUUGCCCCUAGAUAUGCCCCCCCUCUCAACAGCUGCUUUUGGGGAUUCCAUAAUUUCGUAGGCGGUUGCCACUUUCUCACAAGCAGGAUGUCAAGGGGACACGAUACAAGAACAAAGUGCUGUUGUUUUUACAUUUACAUUUCCCUACCCUGGACAAUGUGACUGGGAUGUACUGAUGCUCAGGUAUGUGGAGGAUUGAGAUCUUUUCACGGCUUCCUCGUUGUCUUUAGGACCUGGACUGACACGCAUGCCGUUAUAAAGAAAACACUAUUUUAAUCUGCUUUAAGCUUUAAUCUGUUGCGUUGUUGGGCGUCCUCAAGUGUCCUUCUCCGGGUUUAUGAGCGCGGCGGUCUCAAUGCAGGACUUAUCCUUGAGCGUGUCCCGGGAACGUUUUGUAUUGUGAUCACAUAGGAGCCUUCACAACAAAGCCUGGUGAUUCAGACGCCCGUUUAGUGUCAAGAAGUGUUGAUUAAAAAGCAUUAAAUAUACAAAAGAACCCACGUGUCUCGUCUUGACUCCGCUACAAGGGAUGCACCAUCCAAUCUUUAUUCCCCUGAUGCCAAUAAAGUACCGUAUGUCCGGGUGUCUGCUGAUACGGAGUCCUGCUUCUAUUCCAUUUUGCAAAUAUACAAUCUGAGUCCCUGGACUCAUAUUCAUGUAAAGUAACAUGAAGUCGGAGAUUGCUGUAGCACUAAAAACUGACUUUGUGACAUUACACCGAAUUGUAUAAUGUCAACGCGACACCAACAUUGUCAUCCUAAGAUUUAAUGUGGAUGGGACACGGCUGAUGUCGAUCCAUUCAUUAAAGACGUGUCGUCUCCAGUCGUGGCUGCACAGCUUCCUCGGGGCUCUCCGGUAGCUUUUACCACAGGCGCAACUUUGUAGAUUCACAAAGAAGUUGGAUAUUAAACUGUUUUUAAAUUCCUCUGUCGGUAGGAGCGGUGUGUCUAGAUUGUAACAAUAGUUGUUGGUCUAAAGAGGAACAUCCUGCAGCUCUCAAGAUCAGGCUGCAUGAAGCGGUAGAAAGUGUCCCGUUUAACAUGGAGGCCACAGACUUACAGUGACACGCUUCAUUCAGAACCUCUGAGCCUUUUCAUAUGAAAGCCUCGUCCUUGAUUGCGGAGACAUUUCAAGUGUGGCACUCGGGAACCAGGAGAGCACGGUUCCGAGUGUCAAUUUGGGCAGAAGUGUGUUAUUAAAGACAUGGGAAUGUGAAAAGGUGAUUGCCAUCAAACUGGAAACUUGUGCAGUAUGAGUGCAGAAGAUUGAGUGCUUUCAAGAGUCCAGGUUUGCGCCGAUAGAGCCGCCGUAACACCCGCUCUGAUUCCCCUUCGUGUUAACACUGUUGGUUCUGUUAGCAUCGUUAGCUUCUAGCCGCCGUCGCCGCGUUCCGAGUGGCGUAGAGACAAUCCUUCAAUCAUAGAUAUGCUUUAAAUUUAGAUUUUAUCUCUGUUAAUAAUGUAGCGUUUAAACAGCGUGCUACCUUCACUGAAAUACUAGAUCUUUGUCUUCAUCUCUUUAAAACACAGAUCCCUUUGUGUUCGUCACUCUACUCUUCAGACCAGCGUUGUAUCGUAGUAAUAUGUGAACAUAAUUUGAAUGUGUUUGGUAACAUUUAAUCUAGAUUUGCUCAAAUGUUCUGUUUAAAUCACGAGGAAAGAAAAAACACGAUUCCCCUAAAUAUAGCAAAUGUUUCUUUACUUGUGAAAUAGUUUUUACUUCUACACUGAACAAUCAAAUGUAUCGAUAAAUAAUAAAAAAGAAUAUAUCGCACGAUAUCGUUUAUUUUUUAGUAUUCAGUGUGCUCUUGGGUCAGCAUUAAUUUAGAUUUUGAUAAUAUUGGUCGCAGAUUAUACAUGUUUUAUUUAUGGUCUCAAGUAAAUAUCAGAUACCAUUAUCUAUUUUCGUAGGAACAACCUUGCCAAAUGGAUGCAGAUGUUAUUGAACAGCUGCUACAUAAACGUAUCCAACGCGUUUGACUUGACUAGAUAUUACAGCUGUCGGAGCACUUCAUCAACAUGUUCCUCAGACGUUACCUCCUCUCCUCCACAGUGAAGUCUAGCUGCUCUGUUGCAACACAUAAGCAGCCACUAGGAGGCAGUGUGCUCCCACAGAAACCUUGCAGCCGUCACACAGUUGGGAUGUAGCCCAUCUCCUUCUGGGAAUUCACUGUUGUGCAUCUGGCACCAAGUGGACAUUACUUAAAACUCAGUGGUAGUCUGUUUGGCUCCCGUGUCUAAAGCAUGAUGAUAGAAAUGUUUAAAUGUAUAAAUUCAUGCCCAUGUGUCCUCCUCUUGAGCUCUUUAGGGGGCCGCAGGACCGACACCUGUGACCGUUUGUGUCCUAUAUGAAGUCUGAACCUUAUCAGGUAUUACUGCUGCUGAGUUACGUGUUGAAACAGAAGAUCAGCUCCACACACUGAAGGGAACAUCUUAGAGGUGCAUUAAGAAACUGUCGUUUAAGCAGCAAUACAGAAAAUAUUUAGAAAACUGGAGAAACGGUUUGAGUGACAUCAUUGGUUCUGCUGACCUGAUUCUGUUCAUUUAGGCCUUUGAUAGACGGGUUAGUGGAUCUAGGAUAGUUUUGAAAAUGUGCUGAAUACACAGUAUUUGUCUAUCAUCAUUAGAGGAAGUUAGAUUUAAACGUAUGAGACUCUGUAGUAAAGAUGAGAAGUGUGGCUGUGAGUGUAGUCGUCAGCCCAGAUGGCGUUUAGUGGCAGUUGAUGAUUGAUCAAAUCAUUUGUUUAACUCGUGUAGAUGUGGCAUAUUUGUCAGAUGUGUAAUUUAAAACUGUUCUUCCUGUAUUCGUCCACAUAUACGUCUGUUAAUUAUUCGCUGUAAAUCUUUCCCGUGUAGCAUAAAACUCUCUCCAUCCCGGCUUCUCUUUGUCUGAGCCACAGCAUCUUUUAGAAAAACACAUCAGUGCCCUCAACAUGAUGAUGUAAUGCGUCGGUGGAGCCUGCAGCCGUCCAUACCGUCCAUAGGUGGCAGUGUUGCACCUCGGAGCCCCACGAAGAACCCAUUCAACCCGGUUCCCCUCAAACGGCGGCACGCUCCCCCUCCGAGUUCACGGAGAGUCGCUGGAUCACUGCUCCUAUUGAUUCAUGUGUGUUUCUGUUGUUUUUCUGUGCCACAAAGAUUUGCACUUCGAAAAAAAAGAAACACCCAAAGUGAAUAUUGAAUUGGGUCAAUAGAGAAUUAGGCCUGACGUCAGCCCGCUCCCGUCUCAGGAGGGCUCGGUUAAAGAUCAAUCAAUACGGCUGUCAAUCAGCCAAUCGAUCGCUCAAUAAGGUUUCAUUUUUAGAGUGCCUUUCCCUGUCGCCUACGAGCAAACGGUAGCAGGUUUACAAAAUACACAGAUGGCUGGUCUUAAGGGCAAGACGGGACUAAGUCUCAACUUAGGAGUGACUUGGAGCAAGUGCAAUCCACCCCGAAAGUGUAGUGAUAGUCUAGUCCAGCUGUCCCCUCUCCCUAAAAAUACAGCACUUGUUUCUAUGCUGCGCUCUCUUCAGCCAGGCUGUUGUUUUGACUGCUGUAAUGUACCGAGGGAGAGAGGGAGAGAGGGAGAGAGAGAACAAAAAUAAGAGGGUUAAAGAGGGAGCACGGAAGCGAGAGAGAGGGAGAGAGAGAGAGAGAGCCUACUACUCUCCUCUCAUUGGCCACCGAGAGCACGCCGUCUUUUUGCGUGGCACGCUCCCAGCCAAUCGGCUGCCUUCAGCGAUAUUUUGGGUUUAUGAAUGAAAUGAGUAGUGAGAGAGCAGGACAGGAGCAGUUUUGAUUCAUCACCCAAAGCUCGCAGCGUGCGGAGUGUACCCGGAGAGACGGGUGCGCUCGUUCGCUGUGCAGCCCGGCUGGGGGAAAAAAAGGGCCUCCGGAUAUUUUGGGGGAGAUCAACAGAUGGACCACGGCGGACACACCUCGACCUGUCUGUAGAGGCUUCUAGUGACCCAACCUCUGUCCAGACAGAUGUUCCAGUGAACAGCACCGAUGAGCUGGGAUGAAGAAGAGCAGCUUCCUCACUUACAUUCAGUUCCAGACUUUUUUUUUUUUUUAGUACGUGCAGUCACUUUAUUAUGCUUCCAAUAGAGCGCUGCAGGAAUGCGUCCUGAAACGUGGACAUGAGUUGGCAUUUUUCUACUUAUGCUUCCCUCGUCUGGAAGUCGAUGUUUUUAGUUAGUUGCCUAAAACAAGGUCUGUGUUUAACGCAAGCUUAGGAGGUUCGUUCUAUAACAAAAGAUACGUCGCCAAAUACUCCAGAAUGUAUGCGCUUCUGAGUGUCUGUAUGCGGUUGCUAACAAGUGGCUACAUGAGACUACACGGCACCAUCACUGCUCCGCCUUUAGCUUUGUGGUGGUGACAUUGACGUCAUGUGACCGUGGUGUAAAACAUUAGCUUUCUACCUUUUGGUGAUUGUAUUCACACUUAGAAUAUCAUAAAAACUGUGUUCAUUCGUGAAGAUUAUCUUGUGUUAUUGCACAGAGUUUAUUUUCUGCAGAAAUUGAAUGAAAAACCCCCGUUUGCUUUUUGUCGAGGUCAUCCAAUGCGACGCUGACUUCCUGGUUGUGUGACUCUGCUGCCGGUCCAUCAUCAGUCAGUUGCAUCUGCAGUUCUUGGCCUUUCUCCAGAGAAAAGAUUGAGCAAUGCUGCCAUCUACACAAAAAAAAACCCUAAAAAUCUGACAUUACCUUGUCCUCCACACCUUGCUCUCUUAUUCUGUAUGAAAGACGUGUCUCAGCAGGUUAACUGGCCAUACAAAUAACCUCUUCUGAUUACUAGCAGAUGGGUUGUGGGGUGGGUGAAAUAAUGUGUCAUUAAUGAGGAGAAUAUUCAUUACAUUCUCUAAAACAUAAACAUAUUUUUUUGUCAGGCACACAUUAGCAGUCUAUACUCGUCUCUGGCGUGCGGUCGGGUGUCUCUAAAUUGGAGGAUUUAAUGCCUACAUGUACGUGUGGAUUUCAGAUGACAUCAGAGCCGCACCCCUCCAUCGUGCCGCGUGGCGUCCAUUGUUGCACGGCACCGUCUUUGCUCUCGCACCUCAUUUUCCCGCCUCUCUUUACCGCCAAAUGUUGUGCUCUUAAAAAAAGGACCAGCCUCACCACAAAGUAGCAUCCUUACCAAACAGACGGAGAUAAAGGCUCGGGGAUGUAUUAACUACUGGUGAACUCCUGCAGCUGGUGAGCUAAUAACCACUUUUGUAAUAGUCGGUCACAAUGGCUCAAGCUUCUCUCUGUUCUUUGUCCUCUGCAUCAGGUUGUUUACACCGGCCUUGGUGUUUUGUUCUUAGGAUUGUACACCUUUUAAUGAAGAACAAUAAGUCCAUUCAGUCUCAUAACUCUCUGCAAACCAUUUCUCUCCUGUGGAGCAGUUCAUUCUCCAACAGGAGGGUUCAAUAAACGAGUAACCAGUCGACAAAUGCAAAAUACUCUGUUCAGAAAGAACUAUAAAAAGAAUGUUUCACAUUUUUCUUUCUUCCUGUCACAGUAAUUUAUCAUUCUCGCCAUCUGGCACGCUGGAGAUAAUUGAGGACUCGGUGUUUGUGGAUUGUUCCUUUUUAGUACACACAACAUCAACACUGCACAGCACAAUUUAUCUCAGGUAACUUCCAUGUGACAUCAUUCUGCAGCUCCGUGGCCUUCGGAGGAUUGAAGGCUGAGACCUCGCCGCCUCCUCAAAGGAGUUAACGUUGGAUUAACUGUAAUGUCACUUGAAGUCCCCUCCCAUAGCCGCACCGAUACAAUCGACCAAGCUUCGGAUGAGUGAAAGACCUGGUCGUGUCCUCCGAAUUCACACAGAAGAAGACCUGACACACGUGCUGUUGAAAUGUGGGCAGAAACUACCGUGGGAAUCACUCAAAUUAAAUGUUGACCAGUAAAACUUGAGUGGGUGUCGAACUCCAAGUACGAGGAAAAGUGCGGGAUUUAAAAGAAGAAAAGCAGAAGCUCCUCUGAAAGUGAAGCGUCCACCCGUGUGGAUGGUUGAGAGAGGAAUCAAUUAACCGCUCCUGUCCGCAGCAAUCCAUAGUGUGGGUGUGUCGUACACACCGGGCUUUAGAGUGUGAAGUGAUUUUCCUCUGUCGCGUGGUCUUCAGGGGCUUGUGUGAGCAACGGUUUGACCUCUUCACAGGAGGCUUUGGCCUUGGAUGCACCCUCUGUCAGGUGUUAAUACGACUCCGACCGGAUCGCCAUAUUUAUAUUUGGGCUACCCGGGGCCUCGAUGUCAGAAGUGAAUAUAUGAGGCAUGGCUCCGGAUGAUGUAGGAGUUGGCUGGAUCUCACUCUCUCUCUCUCUCUCUCACACACACACACACACACACACACACACACACACACACACACACACACACACACACACAGCUGGGCCCUGGCUUUGGUGGUCGGAAUGCAACGUCUGCUCCCCUCUUGUUCUCUGGUCUGAGGUCUGUAUUUUUCCUCUCUUUUCGUGGGUGUAUAAUGCUUCAGCUGUUGUGAUGACAGCCUUCUGACCUGUCGUGAACCUCCUCCUUUCCUCUCCAGUGGGUAUUUACUUACUUUUAGUUCCACUCGGCUACGCCAAAUAUUUGCAUAGAGAAAGACCGGACCCGAACCCGUCGGCUCCUGCCCAGCAGCCAAUAGAGACCAAGACCGUCGGUUGUCAUUUGCAUGUAAUUUGCAUUGGAUCCCCCCCCGUGACUGUUUGCAAUGUCAGGAGGCCAAAUUAACCAGUGUUCCGUUUUAGCCAGAUUUGCAUCUCAUUUACAUUAAAGUUGCUUAAUGAGGGUUACUUAGCCGAGUGACCCCCGUGGAAACUCCUCGCUCGCAGAGGAGGCAGAUAGUGCGAUCGGCUAAUUUCAUUAAGGGAAACAGCCAUUUGACUGCGAGGGUUCCUUUGGAUGUAAUCAUUAAAAGGGAUGAGGGCUCGCAAGCUGUUUGUAAUAAGGCUGUUUUUUCGCCCGCAUGCGGACAUUGCCAUAUUUACUGUAAGGAUGAAAGAUUAGGCGCGGAGGGGAGAGCGGGUGGCAUCAAUCUCACUCAGCAUCUUGGAGCGGGCGCAUUAAUCAUCCCAUCUACGGGAAAAUCAUCCUCAUCAAACGCGGGGCCACAGUGUGCACACAUGGCGACGAUCACUGGGUGCAGGAAACGGACAGAAGGAAAGUUGGUGGCUGACUGAGCAGAAGCACCACAGCCAACACUUCUUCAUUGAUCCUCGGGACUUGGACUGGAUGUCAGACGGUGUUUUGUCCCGCUAAUGUGUUUGUAUGGUGGCGCCUGGCUGCGCAAACGUCCCUGCAAGCGCACACACACACACGGGCCAAAUCGUUUUAGGUUCUGCAUCCUCUCAGGUUCAUCGUUCCCUCCUUUUUCUUUUCCCCCGGAUUGGCUCCCGUGUUCACUUCUGUCCCGUUGGUGUUCCUUUUCAUUAAGUGAGGGCGACGGAGAGCUUCUUGAACAGAUGGAUACCCUCAGAUAUUAUUUGGCAGAUUUCAAUAAGGAGAACCAAUUCUGGCUUUGUUUGUAGAAUCAACCCACACGGCACACUAAUGCACACACACCCAGGGCAUAUCAUUCGCAGAAAUUUCAUCACAUUGUUUGCUUUGAGAAGAAAAGGGCAAGCACUGGACGUCAGAAAUAAGGCCCAUAUUCCACCAGGAAUUGUUGCACCGCAUUGUAUAUGCAUCUCCUCCAGUUCUACCUCGCCUCUCUUCAUGAAAAAGAAAAUGUUACAUCCAGUACAAAUAUGAUUGAAUCUUUAUUUUUUUCUCUUUUUGCUCAAGGAUUCAUGAAAUGCUUUCAUACAUACUGUAUACACUCUUUGGGCACGGUUCCAGCAGCCUUUUCUCUCCUGUUGAGUGGUUUUAUUCGGAAAAUGUGACUCCUGUUUUCUGUAUGUGCACUAAUCCCAUCUAAAGAGGGGAAUGAAAAUGCCCUUGUUGGCUGAAUCUGCAAUUGUGUAAACGGACUAGCCAGCACUCACACUCUCAUUACCAGUGUUUAAGUGUUUAGUGCGAGGUGCUUAGCCGCGCACACACACACACACACACACACACACACACACACACACUGCGAGAUUGGUGGUUGGUUUAAUGGGGGAGAAGGCCUUGAAUGGUUCCUAUGCUGUGAUGCAUUAAAGCUUAAUAACCUGUCCUUUCAGCUCGCUCUUAAGAACAUGCUCCGGAGCUGAUAAUUGGAAAGAUAUUUCCCUCUUUCUCUUGCUCUCUCUUGUUCCUUUUGUCUAAUGGCUGCUUUCAGUUCAGUUGGGUCCAUUAUUUGUCCUUGAAAGAUUAUUCAUAUUUUUUUCCACCAGUAAUAUUUUGGCUCUUUACCCAGAGUGCAGUUUUAUGGAUGAGGUGAAAGUGGCAUGUUUAGUUCUGUAGUAGCUGCUGCUCAAACAUCCAUCACAUUUAGCCAAACAGUGAUGGCAAAUGAAUGGAGGCCAUUCAGGAGUAGUCAAAAGGCAAAUUACAACGUCAAAGGUCAUUUUAAAAUGUAGCUUUUGGAUUAAUCGCAUUAAAUCAGCGGUGAAAAGUACUUGAAUGUAUAAAAGGAAAGAAUGGCGUCCUCUCUGCUGGAGUUUGUUUUACCAACAUGUCAUUUCAGUUCAAAUAAGCCACUCUAGACCACAACAUACUAGGCAUAAUAAAAUGAUUCCAAUUCAAAGAGAACUUUUCCAAGACAGCUCGGCAAAGCUGGUGGUGAUGGUGUGAAACCGGGAAAAAGUGGACCUUGAGCUGGAAUUUUUUUGUAAAACCGUUGAUGCUUAACUUCAAGUCAAAAUGAGCUAAACGUUGUAAAAGUGCUACGAAUUAAAACCCUUACAACCCAGUAACGGGGAAGCCUGGAGGAAAGCAGUCAGCGGCGAUCUGACAAAACAAUAUCGGGUUACAUGAAUGACCCUUCGCUAAGGGUUAGCACUCUUAUGCUAUGCUAGCUACUGAAGUUAUACUGAAUGUUGCUUUUGCUUUUUACUGAUUGUAACUGAACAAACCUUCGACUUUACAGGGACAGUGUUCUUUAAUCUCAUUUUCUUCUGUCUCGAUCGUCGGAUGAUGUGGUGGUUCACUUUUACUCUGUGAUCUGUAGCUUUAGCUUCUAUCUUUAUCUUUUUAACUGGAUUUCACUGAUGAAUCAGUUUCACACCCUGGGUAUAUCCUCCAGAGAGUGCCGUUAGUGACAGUGUGGGCUCUAUGGUCUGGGGGGGGGGGUAGGGCUUAGCAAAGGAUCAUUUUGAGAACUUGCUGGUUCAUGACCUCUCAACCUCUCUCAGCUAUUAUUUUGACCGUUUGUUUUCUGAAUCUGUCUCUCAAAAGCUGUCCUACUUUAUGGCAAUACUUAAUCUGCGUAAUAUCCCUUUAAAUCGUCAUCAGCAGUUUGCUUCGUGUUCACUGGGGAGGAUUUGGCAUGAACUAUCGACAUGUAAUUUUUCACUGAGCUUCAGCGAGAUGGGGCUAAAUUUAAGUUCUCAGACUAGUCGCAGGCUAACCAACCUUAGGAAUGUGACAUGGAAAUAAAGCACUUCAUGCGUUAAUGCCCCGCCGACAACUCCGACUUGAAAAUCCCUCAUGUGUCGUAUGUGUUCCAUACCAUGUCCUGUGUGUUACCUCCCAGUGUUUAUGCCUGUGGCUGUGGACCAUUACUGAUGAGAGUUGAGGUUAACAUUCGUGCCAGUCAGCGCGUGCACACACACACACACACACACACACACACACACACACACAGCUGCUGGCUGCUGGCUUCUUAGAUGUAUUUCUGUGUGCGUGUCCCUUUUUAUGCUGUGGAUUAGAAUAAAGGGCAACUUUAUGUGUUGACGCCCUGAGCAGUGGCUGUAUGGCCUAAUGUGUGGUCACAGUUGGUAGAAGGCUGUCCACAUUGCUGCGUCGCCACGGGGCCGAGGACGACGGCUCAGGGCGGCCGCUUGUGUAAUGCUCUCUGACCCAGAAACUAGCAGUCUGACCUCUUUAGCUUCUGCUUAUAGAAAACCAGCCCUCCCUCUCCCCCUCUGUCCUCUACACCUCUUCCUCACUUGUCCUCUGUCGGCCUUCCGUCCUCUCGAGACGUGACGUUUCACCCUCUACCCCCCCCCCCCAUGUAAACUGUCUUUCUAAAUCAAUUCUAUGUUUCUUAAGUCAUGCUGAGAUUUUGAAUGUCUUGACUGUUAAUCAAAUUCAGCUUCUAUCACAGCAGCAAUGUUAUUACUUAAUCUUAGAUUUUUUUUUUUUUUUUUUUUUUUUUUUUUUUCUUCACUUGUCUUUUUAAACACUGGAUUGAAGUUGAUUAAUUAAGACAUUUAAUCUGCUGAUUGAUUCCUCAUUCGUCCUCCAGUUCUGAUGCGUAAAGCCAAUGUGGAAGUGUCUUCAACCUGCAUUCUCUCUAAUGGCCAUCAGGGGGCGACUCC